CAAUCUGAGAAGCAUAUAAAUAAGGGAGGUAAAACCAACGUGCUAUCAGUGUCAGUUUUUACUAAAAAUGUGCAGGUCCUUGAUUUUAGGCGCUGUUGCUCUUUUGGCUUUGGCAUCAGCAGCCACAGCACAAAAGCGAGUGGUGUGCUACUACAGCAGUUGGGCCACUUACAGAGCUGGCGAUGGCAAAUUUGAGCCAGAAAACAUUGACCCGUUCCUCUGCACGCAUGCAAUUUACGCGUUUGUCGGCACCAACCCUGAUGGCACUGUCAGACUCAUCGACGCAUGGAACGACAUUUCUUUAAAUGGAUUCAAGCGAUUCAACGAUUUGCGCCUCAAAAAUCCGAGUUUGAAGACCAUGGUUGCUAUUGGUGGCUGGAAUGAAGGCUCCACGGGCUUCUCAAACAUUUGCAGCAACCCUUCCCUGAGGGCAACAUUUGUAAACAAUUUGUAUAACUUUGUGCGCAACUACGGAUUCAACGGUCUCGACCUCGACUGGGAAUUCCCAGCUCAGCGUGGUGGUGGCUCUGCUGACAAGGCAAACUUUGCUGCUCUGGUAAGAGAGCUCAAGGCGAAAUUCAGUCCUGCUGGUCUCAUACUAAGUGCAGCAGUAUCUGCUGGACUUUGGGCUGCCAGCGUUUCAUAUGAUAUCCCUCAACUUUCUGCCAACCUCGAUUUUAUUAAUUUGAUGACCUACGAUUACCACGGCUCGUGGGAGAGCAGAACCGGCCAAAAUGCGCCAAUGUAUGCUUCUUCUGUUGACACAGACACGGGUUUGAACAUUCAAGCGACGGUCAAUUACUGGUUGCAACAAGGAGCCAACAGGGGCAAGCUGGUGCUUGGGGUGCCUAUGUAUGGACGCACCUUCACCCUGCAGUCAGCCACCAAUAAAGGAUUAGGUGCACCGACCACAGGAGCAGGCGCUGCAGGCCAGUAUUCGCAAGAAGCUGGCAUCCUUAUGUACAGCGAGAUCUGCACCCUGCAGAGGACACAAUCCGGCUGGACAACUAUGUAUGACUCAACACAGCAGGUGCCGUACGCGUCCAGGUCCAAUUUGUGGAUUGGCUAUGACAACGUUAGUUCUGUCCAAGCCAAGGGAAAAUACGCAAAGGAUAACGCUCUUGGUGGUGUGAUGGUUUAUGCUCUGGAAAUGGAUGACUUCCGCAACGUCUGCGCUGGAGGACGAUAUGUUCUGCUCAACGCCCUAAGAGCUGCAUACCUGUAAAAUGGCUUAUUGAAUAUUUUAGAGUCUAACUGCUGAAGGAAAAUAUUUACCGGAAUGUUGAUGGCCCAUCUCUUGUUCUUUUUCUAAUGAUACUAUUUGUUUGUUUCGUGAUUCAUUAAAAAAUUUAAUAUGAUGCAGAA